CUCGUCUUUCUCCUCAUGCAGCAGCACGAGCAGCACGAACAGCAUCCCUCUUGGCUUCUCCGCGCCCCUCUUCUGCUUACGCUGCCGCCAUCUGUCAGGCUGUCAUCGGGCUCACCCAAGGGGGAGGAGGGGCAGGAGGAAGAGGAGGGUGCAGGAGAUGGAAGGAGGGGAAAGAGGAGAAGACAAAAGAUUCAUAAAACUAAAGCAGUUGUGGACGACAGCAAAAGUUCUCGUAAAGUUCAACUCUCACAAGUUGAAGGAAUGGGCAGCCUCCUAGUGGUCCUGCUCCUCUGCAGUUUCCACGCGCUCACAGCUGUAGCCCGAGCCCAGCCGCCCGAGAGCACCGAGGCUCCGGGAGACACUCUUUUACCAGGCAACUGCAGGGAGGAGAUGUACCCCUGCACGAGGAUGUACUCAGUUCACAGGCCCAUCAAGAGAUGUCUAGGGAAUCUGUGCCUCUACAGCCUUCCUCGUGUCUACGUGAUAAACAACGAGAUCUGUAUGAGGACGGUCUGCCCACAGGAUGAGUACCUCAAAGCUGAAAAGUGCAGGGAGCUGUCCGGCUGGCCCAAACGCAUCGAGAGGUCGUCGACCAGGAAACGCUGUCGCAGUCGCCGCAGCAACCCCAAAACUUGGGCAAACAAGGCCUGACGUUGCUCAAGGAUGGUGACGUCUCGUGUAGCGAGAACGGUGCCAUAAAACCAGUGAUCUGCAUCAGAGGCAGAGGCUGGGGGGGGGGGGGGGUCUUUAUUUCUCUUUCACUCAGACAUAAGAGUGGGGAGUCAUCUGUGUUCACAUAUUAGGCUUUUAAUUAUGUGUGUGUGUGAAUGUCAGGCUCAUUCCACCUUUGCGCUGUCGGACACAUAUGUCUUCCUUGGUUUACGAUCCACUUUUAAGGUACUGUAGUAAUGGGCUCGCAGUAGCACUGACUCAAUUUAUUGUAGAAAAAGAAAGACCCACACUGUUGUGGACUGUGAGGUACGCGCUGACAGCCCGGUAACAUGUGCGCUAUGUUAGCCAUUACAAUAAAAAAAAGUUUGUACAAGACUCAUGUGAGGUUUCU